AUGUUCGUUAAAAUUGUGGUUUUGUGCUUAUUGCUGCACUUCACAAAUAGUGAAAAUCUCCAUAGAGAUCCACGAAACAGAGAUGGUAAACGCGUACGUAGGUGGUUUUUUGAUGAGUAUGAUGAAGACAAUUUAUUCAAUCCAUUGGCAUGGUUUCCAAGUUUCUUAAGGCCUAGACAUAAACCGAAACAUCCUACAAAUCCUAGCACUGAUAAUCCAAAUCAAGGAAAUACACAGAAUGGUAAUCAAUACCUUAAUCCAAAUCAAAAUCAAGUGACCUAUCCACAUCAAAAUCCGUACCAAAACCCUUCUCCAUACCCGAACUCAAAUCCUUAUCAAAACCCAAGUCAGUAUCAGCAUCAAAUUCCAUAUCAAAAUCCAAGUCAGUAUCAAAAUCCAGAAAUGUAUCAAAAUCCAGGUCCUUAUCAAAACACGGGACCGUAUCAGAAUCCAAAUAUAUAUCAGAAUCCAAAUCAACAUCAGAACGCAGCUCCUAAUCAGAAUGCAAAUUCACAUCAAAAUCCUGGACCUUACCAAAAUUCAAAUAAUCAAUGGUAUCCAAAUGCUCAAGCAAAUCCAAAUCAGGGCUGGAAUCAAAAUGCUAAUACCUUUUCUACUGCACCUAACUCGAAUCCGACACAAGGUAUUAACGAUCCAGGAGAAGUGAAGCCAAAUAAUUACCCUCAAUGGAAUGGAAAUCAAGUUCCAAUACAGGAGAACCCAAAUAUAAAUCAAGGGCAGCCAAAUACGCAAGCAAAUCGACCAAACGCAGGUCUACCAAAUGUCAAUAAUGGAUAUCUGCCAAAUAAUGGUCAAGGUCCACCAAAUCCUAACAAUAAUGGUGGAAAUCAAAUACAAAUCCCACAAAAUAUUGGAAAAUAA